AUGGCGCCGGGAACACCACUCUCGCAGCGUCCUAUGGACCUAGUGUACUUUCUCUUCUUCGUGUCACACAUCCCGUUCACGUUGAUCCUCGACCUGCAAGCCGUCUAUCCAACAUGGCUGCUACCAGAAGACUCCUCACUGCGCGCUCUCGGCGCAUUCUACGUGUCAAUGACGAAUGACCCAAUCAUUGGAGGUGUGGCCGGAACGUUCGGAGAGGUGACGAGGCGCUCGAUGCAAUGGCUUUUGUCUUUCACGUACCUGGAAAUGUACGUCGCUUACCCGUUUCAUGAAGACGAGUGCCCUGACCCACAUUCCACAGGUUCUUCCAGCUUCCGACCUUCUUCUACGCUGCCUAUCACCUCUACCACAACCGCAAGUUGCACGUCCUCUACCCGCUCAUGGCAAUCUAUGGCGCCUCAACAGCAACGACGACUCUUCCCUGCAUUGUCCUCGUCCUCACCACACCUCCCACCGGCGUUGCGACCGUCCUCGGCUCAACGGUAUCUUCAGGUCAAAGACUCACACUGCUCGCAUCCUAUCUCCCUUACCUUCUCAUUCCAUUGGUCAUGGCAAUUGACUCGGCAUACCGAAUGGCCGGCUUGGUUUCCAGAGCGUUGA